AUGCCCUCGGUGGUCACUGGCGCGACUGGCGUCGUCGUGUUUGCGCCAGCCCAUCCUUGGUCUGGUCUGAUUCCAGAAGCUUGUCCUGCAGCUUAUCGGCCGACUGAGCCGGAGACGCAGUUCGAUUGGCACACUUUGCAACAUCGAGACAUGGGCGUAUGGGCCAUGCAAGCACGCGUCGAUCAGCAGACGAUCGAGCAACGCGAACGUGUUCCAACCGUCUUACUAAAGGACGUGUGCCAACAUCCGGCCCCUUCAAGCAUACCUCACCACGUCUCCAUCAAAUGGCGUUGCAGUGCGGUAAUCAGCCACGAAUGCGAGGGGGAGCGGUAA